UGGCAAACUUUGACAGUACUGUCAACACAUGUCCGUCUCGUUAACAUAACAAACCAUUGAUCAGUGAAUCCGUGUGAAGAUGUCUUUGCGAGCCAUUCGUCAGCUGUAUGUGUCGGGUCUCCCCUGGACUGUCGGCCAAAGAGAUCUCUACGAAUACUUCGCUACUUUCGGACCCGUUGUCUACCAUAACGUGAUCUUUGACAGGGCGACCGGUCUGUCCAAGAAGUAUGGGUUCAUUGAGUUCGGCAACGAUGACGGAUACCGAGCGGUUCUCAGGCAAAAGACACAUACCAUCGAUGGACACUUU